AUGCUCGCACCUCCCUAUCUCCGCAUUCAUCAGAAUUCGAUUUCUCAGGUUGUCGUCCAUCCAUUCAUUGAUGGUAACGGUCGGACGGCUCGGCUACUUUUGAACUUGAUUCUGAUGAGAGCCGGCUUUCCCCCUGUGAUUCUGCCAGUCGAGUCGCGCGCUGAAUACUACGCAACCCUAAUCACUGCGAAUCAUGGCGAUUUGCGACCGUUUGUAAGAUACAUCGCAAGACAUACGGAGAGCACUUUGAAGGUACGUUAUUUGUACCACCGAUUUCUUAAUCAAGCUUAUUUCUUUUAUUCUAUGUAUAAAUAUGUCAGUUAG